ACAAUUGUGGUAGGCGCAAAAGUUUUUUCAAAAACAAAAAUCAAGUUUACAAUCAGAAUGAUAAAAUCCGAAUUCGAAUUUGAUGAAAAUCAAACAUUUCUACAAGUUAUUAUUAAGAAAUGCACACUAUUUGGAAGUAGACCAGCUUUUAUUGAUGCAGAAACAAAAGAAAUAAUCACCUUCGAAUAUCUUCUGCAUAAAGCGAAGAAAUUAUCAAAUAUAUUUGGAGAAAUAGGGAUUAGAAAAGGUGAUAUUGUUGCGAUAUGCGUGGAGAACAACAUCUAUUAUCCAAUUAUUUUUGUGGCGUGUCUUUACAGCGGGAUCAUAUUAAAUUGUAUCAAUAAUAAAAGUACAUUAUAUGAGUUGGAACAUCUUCUUGGAAUGAGCAAACCCAGGCUCAUAUUCAGUAGCGAAUCAACGUAUGAAAUGAUCAAGUUGAUUCGAGAGAAAUUGACUUUUAUAAAAUCACAAAUCAACGUGACUAAACGCGUGGAUUGUAUAAGUCUAAUGGAAUUGUUGGAGCUAAACAUCUUAGAAGAAGCUCAACCAGAAGACAUAGAUCCUAUGGAACAUGUGGCUGUGAUUAUGAACUCUUCGGGAACGACGGGACUUCCAAAGGCUGUGCAAAUAACUCACGACAAUUUGAAAUAUAUUAUCGGAUACGUUGGGUCAUCUAAAUUCAUCGAAUUAAAUUCGAAUGAUGUUGGCAUCUCUAUAUGCCCUUUCUACCAUCUUUACGGCUUCAUCGUAUUUGUGUCUACUUUAUUGACAGGAACUUUGUCAGUUGUAAUGUCAAAGUUCAGAAGGGAACGUUACUUGGAGCUGAUCGAAACGUACCACGUGACCAAAUUGUGGUUGGUCCCGCCAAUUGCGAUAUUUUUAGCCAAAAGUCCGUUAGUCGACAAUUACAAAUUGGAUUGUUUGAAAUCAAUCAUCUGCGGCGCCGCGGCUUUGGGAAUUGAAAUCAAGAAUAUGGUGAGCAAACGUUUAAACGUCACCGUGCAACAGGUGUUCGGUAUGACAGAACUGUCAGGUAUUGUUGCCAUCAUGCCUAUUGUAUCAAUAGAAGAGUUAGGCGGAUGCAUCGGAAAAUUGUGUCCAGGUGUAAUUGGUAUGAUCAAAGAUGUGGAGACGGAUGAGAUUCUUGGACCGUAUCAGAACGGUGAAAUUUGCUUCAAGGGCAAUUUCGUAAUGAAAGGUUAUUUGAACAAUGCUGCGGCCAACGCUUCAAUUUUAGAUGACGAUAAAGUGCUUCGCACCGGGGAUAUAGGUUACUACGAUGAGAAUGGCUACUUCUUCGUUAUGGACAGAAUGAAGGAGUUGAUCAAGUACAAAGCGUAUCAGGUGUCGCCGACGGAACUGGAAGAUAUCAUUAAUUCUCACGACUGCAUUGCGGAUUGUGCAGUUAUCGGAAAACCCGAUGAAAACAGCGGUGAACUUGCGAUGGCAUUGAUCGUCACAAAGUCCAAUUUCCACAUCAACGAACAACAAAUCAUUGACUAUGUUGCUAAACACGUUUCAAUCGACAAACAACUUCAUGGUGGCGUCAUCUUUGUAGACGAAAUACCUAAAUCAGCUUCCGGAAAAAUUCUACGAAAAGAAUUAAAAAAAUAUAUAAUCUAGUGACAAAAAUGAUUGACAAAAUGCACCAAUAAUUUUAAUAAAUAAUAGAUGCCCAGGGCUUAAGAAUUACUAAAUCCAUGUUAAAUUGUCAUUGUAUUAUAUAAUCUGUUUUACUUGUUCCUUGACCUCUACUUGUGUUAUCCAUGUGGUGUAUAUUGAUAUUUUAGAAUAAUAAAAUUUUAGAUUUU